AUGCUGAUCGAUGAGCUGAGGUGGCUAGCUUCCGUUCUCAAGUCCUUGAAGCCUGGGUUUUUCUCGUCGCUCACCAAAAUUGUUGGGACUCUGGGGCCGAAAUCACGUUCUGUGGAAGUGAUUGAGGCGUGCUUAACAGCUGGGAUGUCAGUUGCUCGCUUUGAUUUUUCUUGGUUAAAUGCGGAUUACCAUCAAGAGACUCUUGAUAACUUAAGAACAGCUUCGGAGAAUGUGAAGAAGUUAUGUGCUGUUAUGCUAGAUACUAUGGGCCCAGAACUUCAGGUUUUCAAUGAAAAUGGAAAUCCAAUUGAGUUGAUAGUCGAUGCUAAUGUUGUUAUUACUCCAGAUCUUUCCAAAGUUCCAUCAGCUGAAGUCUUACCUGUGAAUUAUUCUGGCCUUGCCAAGGCAGUUAAAAAGGGUGACACAAUUUUUAUUGGGCAAUACCUUUACACAGGAAGUGAAACAACAUCCGUAUGGCUUGAGGUGGUUGAGACUAAUGGUGAAGACAUAAUCUGCCUAGUGAAGAACAGUGCCACACUUGCAGGCUUCAUUUUCACAAUGCAUGUAUCGCAAGUGCAUAUUGAUUUGCCUACCCUGUCUAGCUCUGAUAAGCAGGCUAUAUCUACUUGGGGUCUUCAUAAUGAAGUUGAUAUCAUUUCCCUUUCAUACACUCGCCACGUUGAAGAUGUGCGGAGCUUUAGGGCUUUUCUUGAAGCUCAUAAUCUUCACAAAACUCUGAUUUUUGCCAAAGUUGAAAAUGCGGAG